GUGGAAGUCUUGUAAACUAAAUUCAUCUAUCAGACGAGAUAAGAAGAUAUAAUCAAACUAUUAUAUGAUUUAUUACUUUUGGAAAGUGUGUCACUCUAUUUCGCAAACCCUUGACCAGUAAAAGAUGUUUAAAUGGGUGCUGUUAUUUGCCGUGCCAUGCUCGGGGUUCCUUUUUAAUAAUGCCGUCAACUAUGAGUGUUUAGCUCCGCCUCCUUGUAAAUGUAGCGGAGCCAUUAUAGACUGUACCAACACCGGUCUUAAUUCCGUACCGGAUUUCAAAAUGUCGGAUCGUGAACUUCCAAGAUUGAUACUUCUACUGAAUAACAACUUUAUAAAAGAAAUUGACAACACAUCAUUCGUUAAUCUUGACUCGACAAACGCUUCAAUCAUUACCAUUAACCUUUCAAACAAUCAUAUUAUGGAAAUAACUGAAUCUUCGUUCGACACAAUUGCACCAUUGGUAUAUAGCCUUAACUUGCAAAAUAACAACAUGACUGAAGUGCCAAAUGCUUUACAAACUCUCUCAAAUUUGGAAACACUUGAUCUACGGAGAAACCCGAUUCGAUCUCUGGCCUCUCCCGCAACGUUUACCUUGAGCAAAUCACUGAAGAACCUUGCUAUAAGUUUAAACUUAUUUUCAAAAUGGCCGGCGGAACUUCGCUACUUCAGACAACUUUCGAAGCUAACAUUAGACGGGUUUCAGCAACAACGAUUUCCGCUGAACGCGAUGACAGGAAUAGAAUCGACCUUGACCUCUCUGGAUAUUUCCAACACGAGACUGGACCGCAUUCCUUCAGCCGUCUGCCAUCUACCGCAUCUGAGGAGACUAACGUAUACGUCUAACCCCGAAACAAAGACGCCAAUCUUCGAACCCUGUAACCAAAACAUAAGUUCGUUGUAUUUCGUUAGCCUGAAAGCCAACAACUUGACCCACUUUCCGGACAUAUUUAGCACGUUUGUGGCAUUGGAUUACCUUGACCUUGCUGAUAAUGAAAUUAGAACUAUCGAUGCCAAUGUCAUACCAAUCGACAAUUCGCUUACCCAUUUGAACUUGUCUAAUAACCAUCUGAAUAGGCUUCCUUCGGCAAUAAACCGUUUUACUGCUUUGAAAUCGCUUUCAGUUGCAGGAAAUAGAAUUACCUCCCUUGAAGAUUAUGAUUUGAUCAAUCUCACACACUUGACUGUAUUUCAGCUUGACAACAACCCUUUAGAAUAUAUCUCUGACAACGCCUUCCAAUCUAUUCGAAUGUUUGAUGUGCUGAACCUGGACAACACAAAAGUUAACACAAUUCCAAAAGCCGUCGUUUCAUUGGCUGGAAUCAAUCGACUCAACAUUGACGACACGCCCAUUCAAUGCACGUGUAAAAUGGACUACCUCAAAUCCUGGAAGAACAAUGCUAGUCGUAUACAUGGGACAUGUGAAGGAACAAGAGAAACUUUGACAAGUUUUAUAAGCACUUACCUUCCACUUUGCCUUUGAAUAACUGAAGCUAUAGACAAUAUUACACAUUUACUCAUAAGUAGGUUAUACCUAAUAAAAAUAAAAAGAA